UAUGUCAACAUUGACCAUCACCUCACAAUCUGGCCAAAGAGAAACUUGUAAGAUACAGCGUCAGAAGAUUAUUUAUGUUCCCCAUACGUGUUGUCCAGAAUGCCUUAAAGAAGAAAAUUUAGAAAAAUUACAUAAAAGUGAAAAUCCAUUAUGGAUUCCGAUUCUUACAGGAUGGGAAAGACAAAUUGCAAAACAUCGUGCCGGAAAUAGACGAAUAGUAUUUUAUCAAGGCCCUUGUGGAAGGCGAUUAAGAAAUAUAGUUGAAGUUCAUCGCUACUUGAUGGAAACAAAAUCAAAAUUAAUGGUUGAUUUGUUUUGUUUCGAUAGUUAUGUGAAUACAUCUGCAGAAUUUGUUCCUUCAGUUAUAAACUGUCAAAUCAAAGAUAUUACUCAGGGGAAGGAACCAAUUCCUGUUCCAUGCAUCAAUAGUAUAAAUAGAGAAUAUCCACCAUAUGUAGAAUAUUCUAGUACAAGAUUUCCAGCUAAAGGUGUAAAUUUGAAUUUGGAUGAAGAAUUCCUUUGUGGAUGUGAUUGUGAUGAUAACUGUCAAGAUCGAAAUAAAUGCCAAUGCCAACAGUUGACUGUUGCAGCCACAGAAGCACUGCCUACAGGAAGAUUACCAAAUGCUGGUUAUUAUUACAAAAGAUUGCAUGAGCCUUUGAUAACUGGGUAAUUAUCUUUCAUACUGUUUAAUUUUACUGUAUGAAGUUUUAAUGGUUGAAUUUUUAUACAUCAAAGUAUGGGUAUUCCUUAUACAACAUGGCAUUCCUACAACAAUGUUUGAGAAUUGGGGAUAUCCCCAUACAACACAGUUUUGCUCUAACACUGUUGAAGAACAUACCUGGACAAAAUGUCACAAUUUAUAAGUACAAAUCCCAUUAUUCAAUAUUUUUUAUUCAAGCAAACAUAUGUAUUGUCUCAUAUUUGCCUACAGAUUUUAGAAUAUUGAAAUUUUCAAUGUUUUGUAUCAUUCACCCAUUUUUUUAAUGGGAAAUAUAGUUUUUUUUUUGUCCUAGCUUCCUAUUCUAGCUUUCCUAAAAACUGGUAUCACCGUCAUUGAUAUUAGUGCUCUAAAUAAACCUGAAAGACUAUCACUGUGCUUUAUUUUAAAGAUUAAAUGAAAAAUUACCACAUUAAAUUUUUAAAGAUGAGAAAAUGUAAGCAAAUAAAAAUAUCAAAUUUUAUGAAAAAAACUGUUGGUGAGAGUAUCAUGACACUCUCCCAAGGACAUUCCAGAUGAUGUCUAGACCUUUGUUUAUGUAACUAGAUUCUUGUACCUUCUGCCUUGCCUCCCUUCGUUUUGGUAUGUGUAGUAUAUACAGCUUAGAUUAAACUCUGUGUUCAAACCAAGCAGUUUGCUUUUUACUUUACUCUGCUGCCACAUCCUGCAUUUAUUACAACAGGUUAUGGGCCCAGGAGGAGCCUUCUGGAGGGGAAUAAAAGAAAAUUCCCAAAGAAGAAGUGUAAUUAACAAAACUGCAGCACAUAGUGAUUUUUUUUUUUGGACUAUUUCUCACACUCCACAAAUCCGAUCACUACGAAACUCAAAGAACCAACAGAGAGCAAAGGUAUGAAUCCUUUCUUAUAAAAUUCCAUGAAGAUAGUUACAAUCAUGUAUCGAGAAGUCAACUUCUGAUUAAGCUAGCAAACAAAAAUGUGGCAAUGGAUUUAAACAGAACUCAUUUUUUGUGGGAAAUUACUAGUGACAAUAUAAUGAUUUUCCAGUUGCUUACAAUAAUAUUUAAUAAUGACAACUACGAUCAAAAUCAAACCUCUAAAGAAAGAUAACUACGACACGUGGAAAAUCCAAGCAAAAGCUAUUUUAGUUAAAAAUGGACCCAUUGAUGAUUAGGAAAAAGCAGCCACAUGGGACGAAGAUGAUUCCAAGGCCCAGGCUGACUUAAUUCUCACAAUCAGUUCCAGUGAACUAAAACAAG